UGCGGGCCAAUGGAGCUGCGGGCCGGGGCUCGCCCGCCGCGCUGGAGGCGGCAGGUUGCGGCGGCGACGGCGCCGGCCGCCGGGAAGCAGCCAGUUCGAGCCUAGGGCCGGGAGGCCGGCGAGCGCCCAGGACAGGGAUGCUCUCAGGGCUAGCAGCCAUGGAGCUGAAGGUGUGGGUGGAUGGCAUACAGCGCGUGGUCUGUGGGGUCUCAGAGCAGACCACCUGUCAGGAAGUGGUCAUCGCGCUGGCCCAAGCAAUAGGCCAGACGGGCCGCUUUGUGCUCGUGCAGCGUCUCAGGGAGAAGGAACGGCAGCUGCUGCCCCAGGAGUGUCCAGUGGGUGCCCAGGCCACCUGUGGACAGUUUGCCAGUGAUGUCCAGUUUGUCCUGAGGCGGACAGGGCCCAGCCUCGCAGGAAGGCCCUCCUCAGACAGCUGCCCACCUCCUGAACGCUGCCCAGUCCGGGCCAGCCUCCCCCCGAAGCCACGGCCAGCCCUGGGCCACGAGCCCCGCAAAGCACUGACCUUCAGCCUUGGGUGCCCUGGGCUGGCCCCCAUCCCUGCGCUGCCCGAGCCUGUGGCCCCCGUAGCACCAAUGCCAGGCUCCUGUGCAGACCUGCAGGGCCUGGAGCGAAGGGUGCGGAGGAACGCACUGGAGCUGGGUCAGGAGGCCUUCUGGGAGCAGGAGCUCAGGCGGGAGCAGGUGCGGGAGCGUGAGGGGCAGGCACGCCUGCAAGCCCUGAGCGCCGCCACUGCCGAGCACGCCGCCCGGCUGCAGGCCCUGGAUGCCCAGGCCCGUGCCCUGGAGGCUGAACUCCAUCUGGCCUCAGAGGCCCCCGGGCCCCCCUCACCCACGGCAUCUGCCACCGAACGCCUGCGCCAGGACCUGGCCGUCCAGGAGCGGCAGAGCGCGGAGGUGCAGGGCAGCCUGGCCCUGGUCAGCAGGGCUCUGGAGGCUGCCGAGCGUGCCCUGCAGGCCCAGGCCCAGGAACUAGAGGAGCUGAACCGGGAGCUCCGCCAGUGUAACCUGCAGCAGUUCAUCCAGCAGACGGGGGCUGCGCCGCCACCACCCCCGCAGCCAGACGGGGGCCCCCCUGGCACACAGGAUCUUCUGCCUCUGGCCAGUGAAGAGCCUUUCACCAGAACCUCCCACGGUCCUGCUCUAGUGUCCAGCCUGAGCCCAGAGAGUAUGUCUGUCCCCCCCAUUCUGGGUGGGUCAGGGUUCUCCUGUGGCCUCCUCAGUCCCUCAGCCUGUGUCCUCCCCACAGUUGUCCCCAUGAGGCAGAACUCCUGGAGGUAGCAGCCCUUGCCCCAGAAUGGACAUCCACGGCCAGCCCAGCCCUGGGCUCCCAUGACAUGAGCGUGGGCAGCCAAGGCGGGGCCCGACUUGGACAACAGCAGCAUCAGGGGUCCCAGAGGGUUUAUUGCCCAUGUAGUGGGAAGGCCUGAUGCCCUGGGCCUGAGACAGAAUGCCUCAGAGCCCAGGGGGUUCUGCUCUGGGGGGCAGCGGGAGGCUGAGGGUGCUUGCCCUAGUCCUUGCCAAGUCUGCCGGCCCCUUGGAGAGGCAGGGGGCACGACCGGCUCAGAAUUCACUAGGCCCCAAAGGCCACGGCUCCUUGUAGGGGAUGGGAGAUGAUAUGUGGACACUGCUCAACUCUGGGUGUGUGCUUGCAUGUGGGAAGUGUCCUUCAUCACACGUGUGCGCACACA